UGCCACGCAUCAAAAAGUGCCACACUUAACAGCUUUAAACCUCUGGAUUUGAGGUGCCGACUUCGUGGUUACUCCUCAAUGCUCAUCAUCCAUAUACGCUGACCAUUGAUGUUCAUUGCCUUUGGAUUCCGCCGACGACAAACGUACUACAUAUGUUUAGUUUUCCCUUUCUCCAUCUGAAACGCUCUUUGGCAUUGCUUUUCACCAUCAUCAUGUAUGGCUACCAACUGAUCAGGUCCGCCUUUCUUCCUAUGCUUUCCCCUGUCUCCAGUUUUUCUUUCCCACGCACUUCCAAUCUCACGAAGUGGGACUUACAAGUUUUAGUGUGGUCAAGUCGACAGCGCUUGGUGUUCGGUGCUGGGGCCGAGGGCCGACCUACAAAUAUCCAACCAAUUGGCCUAUGGCCUUCUGGUACCGCUGCCCGCGAUCCAGUGCUUGACCAAUUCCCCUCAAUCUUGGCUGGUGUUGUACUUCGGUAUUCAUUCCCACUUUUUCCCUUUUGUACCCCACUUCGUCCAUUGCAAUCUACCUCAAGAUCCUCACCCAUCCCCGAUCUCCGCUGUCUAAUUCGGCUUUAAGUCGGGCUCUUCCCCUUCCGCUUUUAUUGCUCCAUCUGCGUUGAUGGGGAUAAUCACGGCGCGACGUUUGAUCGGGGCGCCGUUUACGCGCGC